AUGGAUGACCUCUUCGAGAUAAGACGGACCGCAACUAAGGGUUGUGGCGUCUUUGCGAAGAAAGCAAUCUCAAGCUAUACCAUCAUCGUCCGCGAGUCGCCGGUCAUCGCCCUCAAAUGCGCGCCCGGAGAUACAGCAGCGAAAAUCGACGCCAGUAUCGAACAAGCCUUCAGAAACUUGAGCAAGAAAGACCAGGCGAGUGAGCUUCAGCUGCACGAAGGCUCGCACCCCAACGCCAAAACCAAAGUCACACGGAUCUUCCACGCAAACGGCUUCGGCAAUGAACACGUCAAAGAGCUCUACCUCACGAAAUCGCGAUUCAAUCAUUCGUGUGUCCCGAAUGCGUUUGCGUAUGAGGAUGGAGAGUCGUCUUACCUCCAGGCGAUUCGGCAGAUCGCACCCGGCGAGGAGAUCACCAUUUCCUACUUGCCUCGUUUCGAAGAGGCCAUGACAUCUCGCCAGCGGGCGACGGUUCUCCACUUGCACUACAAGUUCGAAUGCCGUUGUGCUGCAUGCUGGCCGCCCCAUCAACGCUGGAAGAGCGAUGUGCGCCGGCAGUUGAUCGGAUUCCUCAGCUAUGCCCUCGAGGGCGAAAACGCUCCCGACUUCAGACCGCUCGACAUCUGCCACCCUCUAUCCUGGGUGUGCUGGCCCCCUCAGCCCACGCCGAGUGGUCGAGUGCUUACUCCAGCACAGGAGAUCGAAUACAACUUCUUGCUCGCCAACUUGAGGGAAGCGGAGGGAUGGCCAGACUACCUCGUGGCGGAAGGCUAUCUCCACGCGGCCACCAAGCUUGCCUUCCAACAGUCGGAGUACCAGCAGAGUCCAGCUACCCAAGACAUCGUCUUCCUGGAAGCUGCGAGGUGUAUCGAGGCCUGGUACCAGAAGGGACUGGAGUUGGAGAAGAAAUUCUACCCUCCCGCCCAUCCGCAGAUUCGAGACGGGACAAUGGCUUGGGAGAAUACAAUGUCAAGAUUUCGAUGUUUGCAAUACUUGCGCAUGACGAACUCACUCAAAGCACGCGAUGAACAUGGUCCGUCGGAGAGCGGAGGGAACUUUGCUGUCCGCAUUCAGGAGGGAGAUGGCACCUUGACUUUGCUGUCUCAGGAGGACACCGCUGGUCUGAUCUGGCAGAGAGUGAAGAGACUGUGA